CGUCCGUAUCCAGAAACAUAACUGACCACCCCAACAUCCCAUAUAAAACAGGGGAGGCCUCUCCACCCCUUCCACAUCCCCAGCUCCUCUCCUUCCCCAUCGCGUGAUCGAUCGCGUCCGCCUUUUCCGCGAGCCUCUUCCUCCCCGAUCAGCGUCGCCAUGGAGCAGACUUUCAUCAUGAUCAAGCCCGACGGCGUCCAGAGAGGCCUGAUUGGGGAUAUCAUCAGCCGAUUCGAGAAGAAAGGGUACUACUUGAAGGGGAUGAAGUUUAUGAACGUGGAGAAAUCCUUCGCGCAGCAGCACUACGCCGAUCUCUCUGCCCAGCCCUUCUUUGCCAAGUUGGUGGAUUACAUAAUUUCCGGCCCUGUUGUGGCCAUGGUGUGGGAGGGGAAGGAUGUUGUCUUGACUGGCCGAAGGAUCAUCGGGGCCACCAGGCCCUGGGAGGCAGCUCCUGGCACCAUCCGUGGUGACCAUGCUGUGGAGGUUAGCAGGAAUGUCAUUCAUGGAAGUGAUUCUGUGGAGAACGGAAAGAAGGAGAUCGCUCUGUGGUUCCCAGGAGGCUUGGCCGAAUGGAAGAGCAACCUCCACCCUUGGAUCUACGAGAACUGAAUUCGCACGAUCAUCUACUUCUACUUGUUGAUGAUGCCUCGUUUCUUCAGAAUUCGAGCUUGUCCCGGUCUGGCUAUCCGAGUCGAUGAUUAGAUUUCGUGAUGUGUGAUGAUGUUAAUAACCGCACUUGAAUGUGUUGCCUGAACCUGUAUGGCUUAUGCGUUUCCUUUGAUGUAAGUGUAACUGCUGCCACCUCAGUGCAGUUGUCUGAAAUAAGAUAAACCUAGCAGGGGAGUUUAACUGUUGUUCUUAGAUUGA